UCGAUCCUCCAAAGCAAACAUGGCGACGGCAGCGGUACCUGAGCAACCUCCUGAAGGACCGCCGUCGGGACCUGUCCCUUUUGAUAUUUCCCGGCCUCCGGUCAUCGAAGGCUUUAGUCCUUUGCCGAGGACCAGGGAGGAGACUUUCAAGGAAAAAUUUUUGAGGAAAACCAGGGAGAACCCAUUCGUUCCCAUAGGUUGUUUGGGCACAGCGGGAGCGCUGAUUUACGGUCUUCGUGCCUUCCAUCAAGGGAAAACCAGGCAGUCCCAGAUGCUGAUGAGGGGACGCAUCUUUGCUCAAGGCUUCACUGUAGUUGCCAUCAUCGUAGGUGUGUUUGCCACAGCUUUGAAACCCAAGCAGUGAAGAUGGAUCAAUGUCACACCCCCAGUUGUCCUGGGAAGUAGAUCCAUCAUGGAAAUGGACUCUGAACAAUCUGAAUGAUGUACAAUGUAUGCAGAAUUGUUCAGAUUGAAAUGUUAAGGCCAAUAUUAUUUAAAAUAAAAGUUAAAAAAACGGAGUUGCUUAUCAUGAUGAAAUGAUUGUUUAAGCCUGCAGUGUAAACACAAAGCAGAAUCAGCUUCUUAACAGACCAACUAAGCCAGGACUUAACUUUAAUGGCCAAUUUAAAAUUUUCCGUUUACAGAUAUAAACUUAAUUUUUGUUUUGUGUUUAUAUAAAAAAAUGUUUAUUCACAUCAAAUAUGCACCUCAUAUGCAGCAUGUAUUUAUUCUAAUGAGAAGAUUAUUUUUAAGUGUUUUACAAUAAACACUUAUUUGAAAAUACCUUGGAAAUGUAUUAAUUGCUGCAACACGAAUAGAAAAAAACUUCUCAACAGAUAAACACGAUUUGUGUUUUUAUGUGAUAAAGAAUUAAACAAAACUUCUUUGUCUUGA